AUGACUCCAUCUGCCCCACACAAUUUAUUCAUCUAUCUAUCUAUCUAUCUAUCUAUCUAUCUAUCUAUCUAUCUAUCUAUCUAUCUAUCUAUCCCAGUUACAACAUUUUGGCAACGAGGAUUAGCCAAAAUUACAACAGUUCAUCUAUCUAUCUAUCUAUCUAUCUUCAUCUUUUUCUGCCCCUCUCUCUCUCUCUCUCUCUCUCUCUCUCUCUCUGUUCGUUGUUGUUUAUCUUUGUUCAUAUCUAUCUAUCUAUCUAUCUAUCUAUCUAUCUAUCUAUCUUCAUCUUUUCUGUCCCCCUCUCUCUCUGUUCGUUGUUGUGUAUCUUUGUUCAUAUCUAUCUAUCUAUCUAUCUUCAUCUUUUUUGCCUCCCCCCUCUCUCUCUGUUCGUUGUUGUGUAUCUUUGUUCAUAUCAAUCUAUCUAUCUAUCUAUCUAUUUGUCUCUCUGUCUGUCUGUCCUUGGUCUCUUUCUUUCUCAAUGUGUCAGGUUGUUCCUAUCUCGAUACAUCCCUAUGUAUAUCUCUUUAUCUGUCCCUUUCUCUCUCUCUCUCUCGUUCUAACUUUCUAGUCCAAGUUGUUCUUAUCUAUCUAUCUAUCUAUCUAUGUUCCUAA